AUGGGAGACAGACCAAAAAAAAUGAGCCUAAUGGAUAUCACUAAAAUGUUCUCCAUGCUCCAGCCCAAAGAAGAUGAAGAAGACAACGGAGAAAGCGAGGAGCUGAACCGAGCGGUCUCCGAGGACAAUUACCAAGCCCUCGAUAACCUCUUGUCCCAAGACAGGUACAAGAGGUUCAUCAACCGCAGGAGCGGCUGGGGGGUACCCAGCACCCCGCUGCGCCUGGCCGCCACGUGGGGCCGUGUCAGGAGCAUGAAGGUCCUCUUGGCCCACGGGGCGGAGGUGGACAGCCUGGACGUGAAGGCGCAAACCCCGCUCUUCAUGGCGGUCAGCAACGGCCACCGGGAAUGCGUGAAGGUCCUCCUGGACGCGGGGGCCAGCCCCGUCGGCAGCAUCUACAACAACUGCUCGCCGCUGCUCAUCGCCGCGAGGGACGGGAACGUGGACAUCCUGCAGCAGCUCCUGGACCACGGCGCGGAAACCAACGUUCAAGCGAGGUUGCCCGAGUGGGCCGCCAACUCGGUGGCUUGUUCUGGUCCCCUCUACCUCGCCGCCGCGUACGGGCAUCUGGAGUGCUUUAAGAUGCUGUUGCUUUACGGCGCCGAUCCUGACUAUAAUUGCACCGAGGAGAGGGUGAUUGCCCAGAUCAAGGAGCCCAAGACUCUGCUGGAAACCUGCCUGAGGCACGGCUGCAGGAGCGAGUUCGUCAAGCUGCUCAUUGACUUUGGAGCCAAUGUCUACUUGCCCAAUGUCACGGUCGACGAGACGGCAUCCCGUAGCAAGGGCCUGGAGCUGCUGCUGCAGGCGAGAGCUCAUCCCAAAUCCUUGAUGUCUCAGUCCAGGCUGGCGCUGAGACGCCUCCUGAAGCAGGCUGGCCACCCGCUCGCCCUCGCCGAGCUGGAGAUCCCGACGGUCCUGGCGAACUACCUCCGACACCAGCCGUGA